UCUCUGUCUCUCUCUGUUUCUCUGUCUUUCUCUCUCUCUCUCUCUCUCUCUGCUUCUCUGGGUACAGAGUUCUGUCUCUCUAUCUGUCUGUCUCUCUCUCUCUGCUUCUCUGGGUACAGAGUUCUGUCUCUCUAUCUGUCUGUCUCUCUCUCUGUCUGUCUGUCUGUCUCUCUCUCUCUCUCUCUCUCUCUCUCUCUCUGCUUCUCUGGGUACAGAGUUCUGUUGCUUUAUCUGUCUGUCUCUCUAUCUGUCUCUCUGUCUGUCUGUCUGUCUCUCUCUCUCUGUCUCUCUGGGUACAGAGUUCUAUUGCUUUAUCUGUCUGUCUCUCUAUCUGUCUCUCUGUCUGUCUGUCUGUCUCUCUCUCUGUUUCUCUGUCUCUCUGUUUCUCUCUCUCUCUGUCUCUCUCUGUUUCUCUGUCUCUCUGUCUCUCUCUGUUUCUCUGUCUCUCUCUGUUUCUCUCUCUCUCUCUCUCUCUCUCUCUCUCUCUGCUUCUCUGGGUACAGAGUUCUGUUGCUUUAUCUGUCUGUCUCUCUAUCUGUCUGUCUGUGUCUCUCUCUGCUUCUCUGGGUACAGAGUUCUGUUGCUUUAUCUGUCUGUCUCUCUAUCUGUCUGUCUCUCUCUCUGCUUCUCUGGGUAGAGAGUUCUGUUGCUUUAUCUGUCUGUCUCUCUAUCUGUCUGUCUCUCUCUGUCUCUCUCUGCUUCUCUGGGUACAGAGUUCUGUUGCUUUAUCUGUCUGUCUCUCUAUCUGUCUGUCUCUCUCUCUGCUUCUCUGGGUACAGAGUUCAGUUGCUUUAUCUGUCUGUCUCUCUAUCUGUCUGUCUGUCUCUCUCUCUCUGUCUCUCUGGGUACAGAGUUCUAUUGCUUUAUCUGUCUGUCUCUCUAUCUGUCUCUCUGUCUGUCUGUCUGUCUCUCUCUCUGUUUCUCUGUCUCUCUGUUUCUCUCUCUCUCUGUCUCUCUCUGUUUCUCUGUCUCUCUGUCUCUCUCUGUUUCUCUGUCUCUCUCUGUUUCUCUCUCUCUCUCUCUCUCUCUCUCUCUCUGCUUCUCUGGGUACAGAGUUCUGUUGCUUUAUCUGUCUGUCUCUCUAUCUGUCUGUCUGUGUCUCUCUCUGCUUCUCUGGGUACAGAGUUCUGUUGCUUUAUCUGUCUGUCUCUCUAUCUGUCUGUCUCUCUCUCUGCUUCUCUGGGUAGAGAGUUCUGUUGCUUUAUCUGUCUGUCUCUCUAUCUGUCUGUCUCUCUCUGUCUCUCUCUGCUUCUCUGGGUACAGAGUUCUGUUGCUUUAUCUGUCUGUCUCUCUAUCUGUCUGUCUCUCUCUCUGCUUCUCUGGGUACAGAGUUCAGUUGCUUUAUCUGUCUGUCUCUCUAUCUGUCUGUCUCUCUAUCUGUCUGUCUGUCUCUCUCUCUGCUUCUCUGGGUACAGAGUUCUGUUGCUUUAUCUGUCUGUCUCUCUAUCUCUCUGUCUCUCUCUCUCUCUCUCUCUGCUUCUGUGUGUACAGAGUUCCGUCUCUCUAUCUGUCUGUCUGUCUAUUAUAAGGUAAAAUAAGAAGCAGUAAAGUGUGUGUCCAACCCGGACUCCAGAGCCGUCAGGACUGUGUGUAAACCGUCAAUAAAAUCCGAACACAGUGCUUUGCGAAUCCUUUUCAACCUACAUUUAUUUUAAUCCAAUACAAAGACGAGCUAUUCGACCUUCAAACUGAUAAACUUCACUGUGAUUCCUGCAACACGUUCCAAAAAUGCUGGGACAGGAGCAGCAAAAGACCGGGGAAGCUGCGGAACACUCAAAAACACCUGUGUGGACAUUCUACAGUAGACGAUGGGGUGUGCACAGUGUAAGGAUAAAGAUGAGUCGAAGCUAGCAGAAGGUGGCGACCCUAUGGGGUUCCAGAGUGGGCAUGGUCACCCUGCUCCUCAGCAUAGCCCCGCCUUCGGAGCGACAUCCAUCCCCAACUACAACAACUUCACAACAUCAGGAAAUUCACUCACUGUGUUUGGAGGAGCCAAUAUACACACGCAAACACACACCGGAGUCCUGCACACACAACGGGCCGCAGGUGUCACUCUGUUCGUGGCUCUGUAUGAUUAUGAGGCUCGGGCUGAAGAUGAUCUCAGUUUUAGAAAAGGAGAAAAGUUUCAGAUCAUUAACAACACUGAAGGUGAUUGGUGGGAAGCGCACUCUCUCACUACAGGACAAAGCGGUUACAUUCCCAGCAAUUACGUCGCUCCAGUUGACUCCAUCCAGGCCGAGGAGUGGUAUUUCGGUAAACUGGGAAGGAAGGAUGCGGAGAGGCAGCUCUUUUCUUCAGGAAACCAGCGCGGCUCGUACCUGAUCCGAGAGAGCGAGACUACGAAAGGUGCGUUCUCUCUGUCUAUCCGGGACUGGGAUGAGGUUAAAGGUGACCAUGUGAAGCACUAUAAGAUCCGUAAGCUGGACAGUGGGGGUUAUUACAUCACCACACGCUCACAGUUCCAAACGCUACAGCAACUCGUGCAGCAUUACUCAGAGCGUGCGGCAGGUCUGUGUUUCCGACUGGUUGCCCCAUGUCACAAGGGGAUGCCCCGCCUCACUGACCUGUCAAUGAAAACCAAAGACGUGUGGGAGGUCCCACGUGAAUCACUGCAGCUCAUAAAGCGACUGGGCAACGGCCAGUUUGGGGAGGUCUGGAUGGGAACAUGGAACGGUAACACCAAGGUGGCUGUGAAGACUCUGAAGCCAGGUACCAUGUCCCCUGAGUCGUUUCUGGAGGAAGCUCAGAUCAUGAAAAAUCUGCGUCACGAUAAACUGGUGCAGCUCUACGCCGUCGUCUCCGAGGAGCCCAUCUACAUCGUCACCGAAUUCAUGAGCAAAGGAAGUCUGCUGGAGUUCCUGAAGGACGGAGAAGGUCGUGCUCUGAAGUUGCCCAACCUCGUGGACAUGGCAGCUCAGGUAGCAGCAGGAAUGGCCUACAUUGAGAGGAUGAACUACAUCCACAGAGACCUGCGCAGUGCGAACAUCCUAGUGGGAGACAAUCUGGUGUGUAAAAUCGCAGACUUCGGCCUCGCCAGACUCAUCGAGGACAACGAGUACACCGCCCGCCAAGGUGCGAAGUUCCCCAUUAAGUGGACGGCUCCGGAGGCAGCACUUUACGGAAAGUUCACCAUUAAAUCAGACGUCUGGUCCUUCGGCAUCCUGCUUACAGAACUGGUGACAAAAGGACGAGUACCGUAUCCAGGGAUGAACAACAGGGAGGUGUUGGAGCAGGUGGAACGUGGGUACCGUAUGCAGUGUCCUCAGGACUGUCCCACGUCUCUUUAUGAGCUCAUGCAGCAGUGCUGGAAGCAGAACCCAGAGGAACGUCACACCUUUGAGUACCUGCAGGCGUUCCUCGAAGAUUACUUCACCGCCACCGAGCCGCAGUACCAACCCGGAGACAACUUAUGAUCCCUCCCACAGCGCCCCCGGCGGCCUGGAGGCAGAAUCACAGCCUCCAUCAACUCCUUUAAACCUGCGUUUAUCUCCACCAGAGAAGAAGAAGCUCCAUAAUGAAGCUUUCAAUCCAGACGCAGAUUUGAAGGAGGUGCUGUAGGGGGAGAGGGCGGGGUUAGCGACGGGAAUUGUGGGUAAUUUAGGAUGCUUUUUAACCUUGUAGCGGUUAGUAAACAGAAUUGUGGGUAAUAAUGUGGUUAUAGUGGUUUUUGAGCACAUACUCUAGUGCCCUCUUCUGGUCUGGAGAUUAUUUACACGGUUUAACUUCUGAACUGUGUUUUAAACAAUAUGUUCAGAAUCCAGACGCAGAUCUGAUGGGGCGUUAGUGAGCUGAAUUGUGGGUAAUAUGUAUUCGGAUACACACGGAGAAGACAGGGGGAUUGUGGGUAACUGUGCCUUUAUCAGUUUUAAUUUGUGUGUUAUAGAUUUAACACAGCGGUGAAUAUGACGCAAGAUCAAAUGCACAGCGGAAACAAAAGCUAAAUCUCAUGCAGCACUUUUACAAAUGCUGCCAGGUUUAUUUUUGGAAUUUAUUUUUGUAGAAUGUUUUUAAUUAAUGCCCAAAGACCCAUUAUGCAAUGCUGCCUUUGUUGUUUUGGCCUUUGUUCAUUGUUCGUGUUCUGGACUGAAUUUUAUGUUCAUGCUAACAACAAAAUAUAACUUUAAAAUAAUAUAUGUUGAAUUUUUAGCCAAAUGUAUGAGAGUACUUUUCAUUUUAAACAGAGGAGAUGCCUUUUCUUAGUGUUUUGAGAGUAUUUAGAGUUAUUUUACUUCCUCGUCUCAGGUGUUAACGAUGUUAAUGAUCAUGUGAUCAGAACGAGUGAUCAGAUCCUGUGAAACGAUUUUGGACGACUCGCUCAGAAAGUCUUACAUUUUCACUCUUCACUGCUUUUUAUUUACUUUUGCACUCUCUUUUUCGUGGCUUUAAUGUUUGUAAUGUAACCAGGGACAGAUUUAAUGAUGAAUGGUUUGGACGGAGGAGCGCCGCAGGGGUGCGACAGUGCCGUUUUAUAUCUAACCCUCGUCGACUUCCUCUAACAAUCCCAAUCUCAACAAUCAAAUCAUCCACUUCUGAAAUAUUACUACUUGUGUUUACGUUAUAAACAGCUGGACAGCAGUUCAUUCUGAGGAACUUGUCUGCAGCAAAGCUCACUAGAUGGUCAAGGGGACUCGAUUUAAGGAAAGUGAACAAGGGGACGUUAAACGCAGGCCUCAUUUCAAUCUAAUGUGUUUUUAUAUUCCAGGUUGUUGCAUGUCCUUUUUUAAAAUCAGUUUUUAAAUAAAAAAUAUUUUACACUCUUUUA